AUGCCGGUAUUCCAGGCCAAGACGUUUCGACGCGCAACAACAGCAACGUCUACUCUCGGAGAACGAAUCGGCGCGGCUUACCGGGCUCAUCUAACUAAACGCCCAUUUCUACUCUUCGGCCUUCCUUUCAUUAUGAUAAUAGUUGCUGGGUCUUUUGCUUUAACACCCGCCGCCGCUCUGAGGUACGAGCGGCACGAUCGCAAAGUUAAACAGUUAAGUCAAGAGGAAGCGAUCAACCUAGGCCUCAAAGGGCCCGAUGGUGAUGAGGGCAUCAAGCGGAAUCCACGGCGACGAAUUAUUGGCGACGAAAGAGAGGAAUACUAUCGGCUUAUGGCCAAAGAUCUUGAUGAUUGGGAGCAAAAAAGAGUACAACGCUUCAAAGGCGAGCCUGAUGGAAAACUUUGA